GAUGAACGUGUCUUUGGAUGUUGAGUAUACACAUAGCUCUAUUUAUAAAUAACUACUUAUUUAUACAUGUACACACAUCAAUAUUAUAUAGGACAAAGGACAAGCAAUGAAAAAUCAACGAUCUAAUUGGAGAGGUUGUAAGGACUGGAUUGACUUCGGAACACCUCUGACUACGACGAGUGAUGAAGCCUGUAAGUUAUACGACGCUGUAUUGACGCAGUAUGUGGGCUGGUACGACGAGAGCUCUGUGGGCGGAAUUGAGGCCAGUUUAGAUAAGAUGAUGGCAGCUGAUUCUAAUUUUGUAAUGGGUCAUGUGAUAAAGAACGGAUUAGAUUUACUCGGAACUGGUCGGACAAUCGAUUUAGACCCGAAAUUCAAAAGUGAAAUAUACAGUUUGGAAAAAAUAGCUGAACAACAGAAAGUUUCUCCGAGGGAAAGAAAACAUGUAUCAGCUGUGAAGUUAUGGGCUGAAGGAGAGACGUCAAAAGCUUGUGAUGUUUGGGAGGACAUCUUGGUCGACAAUCCACUAGAUAUGCUUGCUCUGAAGUUUGCUCACGACUCGUAUUUCUAUCUGGCGUAUCACCCUCAGAUGAGAGAUGGAAUAGCAAGAGUGAUACCAUACUGGAAAAAGUCAAUGCCGUUAUACGGGUAUCUAUAUGGGAUGUAUGCUUUUGGGUUAGAAGAAACAAACUUAUAUGAUCGUGCAGAAAAGACAGCAAGGAUGAGCCUUGAUAUAAACAGACACGAUGCCUGGGCUACCCAUGCUAUGGCACAUGUAUUUGAAAUGGGAGGGCGCCAAGAUGAAGGACUGCAAUUCAUGUCAGCGACAGAGAAUGAUUGGAAUGUUUGUGGAAUGAUAGCAUGUCAUGACUACUGGCAUUACGCUCUUUAUAACGUGGAAAAGGGGAACUACUCUGAUGCAGUAGGAUUGUAUGAUACUCAGGUAGGACCUCUAGCGGCAAAAUCUGGGGCAAUGUUAGAUAUGGUUGACGCAUGUUCAUUGUUAUACAGAUUACAGCUAGAAGGUGUAAAUGUUGGAGAUAGAUAUAAAGACAUCCAGGACGUAUGUAGACAACAUCUAGAUGACCACGUGUUAGCGUUUAACGAUGCUCAUUUCAUGAUGUCCUGUAUAGGAGCUGGCGAUAAAGUUUCUACAGAAAAGUUGCUGGAAUCAAUGAGAAAUUUUGUCAAAAAUGGAAAGGGUUAUAAUUGUGACGUAACAACCGAAGUUGGACUUGCUCUCUGUGAAGCGUUAGUAGCCUAUGAUAAUGGGGACUAUGCUAAGGCAGUGGAUCUUGCCAGCCCUGUUAGAUACCAAGUCAUCAAGAUUGGCGGGAGUCAUGCUCAGAGAGAUAUAUUUAACCAGUUUUUAAUUCACUGUGCAAUGAAAUCUGACACAGAGAAGCACAAGAAACUUGCAAGACAAUUAUUAGUAGAAAGAAAAUGUUUAAAGGAGAAUUCACCCUUGACGGAUAGAUUAAUGGCAAAAGCCAUGGUACAGCAUACAGGUUAACAGGACUUCUGUAGAAUUGUGGAUAGUAGUAGUAACGGAUGCUUCAAACAUCUACCCACCAAUCAAAAUACACAUUUUGACAAGUAUUUGAGUAAUGAUUUUUUAUCCAUAUAUUUUUUUUGUCAUGGCAUUUGUUUAUUAUAUAUUUGUGUACCAUAUUACACAAUAUAAUAGUAAUUUACAAAAAAAAGAAAUGGUAUCAAAAUUGUGUGUUGACUUUCAUUCAAAACAUAAAAGACAAUGCGUUAAACAGUUUAUCAGUGAAAUAUUCAAUGAAUGUGUGUUAGACAAGUCUGCAUAGACAAUAAUACUUCUUGUUAAUCUGCCAAGUUCAAUACCUUAAUCAGUAUGACAUAUAUAAUUUACUGUACCUGUUCAUUCCUGGACAACAUAACAGGGUUAUGAUUUAGGAGUGGCAUACAAUUUGUAAAUUAACAAAAUAUUUUUUUUAUCAAAAGUGACGUAAUUGUCUGUUUGUGGUAUUUGACACAUGUAUCGACCCUUAACAUGCUACAUUUU